CCAUCAAGUCGCCGCCACGUGCUCACUGCCGCAACAACUCCCGGCUCCACCUCCGGCCGAGUCGCCCACUCAAAACCCAAUCCCACCACCGUCCGUCCCCGCGUCCAGCGCGCUCACCAGAUGCCACUCUCCUGCUUCGCCAGCGGCCGGGCCGACUCCUCCGCCGCCAAGGCCUCGUCGGCGACGUCCGUCUACUGGACGCACCUCGGCGCGAUCAACCUGUCGUGGUCCCGCGCCGCGCUGGGCCUCGUCCUCACCGUCGACAUCGCCCUCGCCGGCGCCGCAGCGCCCGCGCGGUUCGUUCUCCUGCCGCUGCUCCCGUGGCGGCGGCGCGGGUCCAAGCGCUUCUCCGGCGCGUCCGGCCACUCCGUCGCCUUCGCGUGGGACCUCUCGCGCGCCCGCCUCGCGCCGCGCCGGCCCGAGCCGCUGUCCGGGUACUUCGUGCUCGUGUCGAUCGACGGCGAGCUCGCCCUGGCCGCUGGCGACCUCCAGUCGUCGUUGCCUUCGCCGGCGGCGUCCGCGGGCCUUCUCCUCUCGCGCCGCGAGAACGCCUACCCUCCCGGAUGCGGCGGCGCAUACACCACCACCGUGGCCGUAGCGGGCGAGGAGCACGAGGUGUCCGUGGCCGUGGAGGAGGCGGCCAUGUGGGUAGCCCUGGACGGCAAGAAGGCCCUCCGGGUCCGGCGCCUCCCGUGGAAGUUCCGCGGCAGCGAGAGGCUCGACCUCCCGCACGGCGGCCGGUCCGUCCGCGUCACCUGGGAUCUCCACGGCUGGCUCUUCGCCCCGGACGCCGCCGCCGUCUUCGUCCUCCGUUUCGACACUGACGGGGCGAACCCGGUGGACGACAACGACAUGGGGGAUGGAGACGUCGGCAUGCACGCGUUAAGGCAGAACUCCUUCCGGAGCCGCCAUGCCGACAGCAGCGGCGAGAGCGAUAUGAGGGGGUCGUGGAGGCGCGGCCCGUUCAGGUCGGGCUCCGACUCGUCCCCGACGGUGUCCGUGGCGUCGACGUCCGCGGCGUCGUCGUCGGCCGGGAGCGUGGCGACGGUGACCGAGUGGAUCACGGCGGAGGAGGCCGAGCUGCGGGACGGCGGCGGCGGGUUCUCUCUGAUAAUCCACCUCUGGAAGAAGCGGAGGCCGCGGUGAUGCCUUCACGGCGUCCGUGCCUUAGCUCCGUCGCAGUUGCAUUGGAUUGCACGCACGAACUCAUGCCUCGUGCAUGCAGAAUUGAAUUGUUGAUGUGAUUUCUUUCCUUGUCGCCAUGGAUGAGAACUUCUGGAAUGCAAUUUUGUCAAUUCGUCAUUUAUUUUAUUUUUAAAUGAAGGUCAAAGAUUUGUUUCUCCA